UAGGUUUAAUGUGGUCGCUAAGAACACAGCGUACAUCUCGGAGCCUGUCUACCUUCUAGACAGUGUGGUCUACAUCGCUAUCAAGACAUUCACCAGAAAAAAAAAGAAGAAAAAAAGCUGUGCGAUUCAGCCGCUACGUCCUGCCCGGAGCGAUGGGAGGUACGGCCGCCGUUGAUAUUUUCCUGUCGUGAGUCCAUCGUCAUUAAUUUGCGAUACAGCAUCUGAUCAGCGCAUUCAUGAUGUUUUCCCCUGUGACAGAGGCCGAGACGCGUCAGAAAUUGCUGCGCAAUGUGAAGAAAGAGGUGAAACAAAUCAUGGAGGAGGCAGUAACGAGGAAAUUUGUGCAUGCUGACAGCAGCCACAUCAUAUCGUUCUGUGCUGUAGUGGAGGCCUGCGUGCUUCAUGGACUGAAGCGCCGUAUUGCGGGCCUGCUGUGCAGUAACAAGGUUGCGGCACUCUUCAUGAAGGUGGCAAAAAGCUUUUCCCCUGCUGAGGAACUCUGCCUCAAGGUCCAGGAGCUGGAACAGCUUAUAGAAAUCAGCAAGCAGAACAAUUCCUCGCUGAGUAAUGACCGCAGUCGGCAAUCUAAGUUGGCAAAUCUCCCUCCUCAGGCACUCAAACACCUGUGGAUCCGAACUGCACUGAUGGAGAAGCUCUUGGACAAGAUUGUUCUGUACUUGGUAGAGAACAGCAGUGCCUUCUACGAGAAAGAAGCUAUGCUGAUGGAUCCUGUGGAUGGACCAAUUCUUGCAUCUCUAUUGGUUGGCCCUUGUGCUUUGGAGUACACCAAAGUUAAGACUGCAGAUCAUUUCUGGACCGACCCAUCUGCUGAUGAGCUUGUACAGCGACAUCGCAUCCACAGCGGCCACUGUCGGCAGGAUUCGCCCUCCAGACGACCUGCCCUGAUCCAGAAGAGACAGUCCAGUGGUAGCAUGGAUGAUCGCCCUCUCAUGUGGGUGAGGGAAUAUGUUGAAUCUCUCCACCAAAACUCCAGAGCCACACUUCUGUUUGGAAAAAACAAUGUCCUUGUGCAGCCGAGAGAUGACAUGGAGGCCAUCCCAGGCUACCUUUCUCUACAUCAAACUGCAGAUCUCAUGACACUGAAAUGGACACCCAAUCAGCUGAUGAAUGGCAAUGUGGGGGAGCUUGAUUCUGAGAAAAGUGUUUAUUGGGAUUAUGCUAUGACUAUUCGUUUGGAAGAGAUUGUGUAUCUCCACUGUCACCAGCAAGUCAAUAGUGGUGGGACAGUAGUUUUGGUGAGCCAGGAUGGGAUCCAGAGACCUCCUCUACAUUUCCCCAAAGGAGGCCACCUCCUCCAGUUUCUCACCUGCCUGGAGACCGGCCUGCUACCUCAUGGACAGCUGGACCCACCACUCUGGAAUCAGAGAGGAAAGGGAAAAGUUUUCCCCAAAUUGCGAAAGAGGAGUCCACAAGGCUCAUGUGAUUCUGUAUCAGAUAAGGAAGAUGAUGAAGCAACCGAUUAUGUGUUUCGGAUCCUCUUUCCUGGCAAUCAGAUGGAGUUCAUGGCUCUAGAGCUGAUGGACCAGGGUGUGAACAUGUGGCAACCAACCCCCAGAAAGUCCUCAUGCUCCUCCUGCUCACAAAAUGGCUCUUCUGAUGGCUCUCUGCCUAAUGGCUGUAAUCAAGAAAGGGCUCCUUUAAAGCUCCUUUGUGACACCAUGAAGUACCAGAUAAUCUCCCGUGCUUUCUAUGGAUGGCUUGCAUACUGCCGUCAUCUGUCAACAGUUCGUACCCACCUUUCUGCUCUGGUGAACACCACUAUAGUUGACCCUGAUGUGCCCUGUGAUGCCCGAGGAGGCCUCUCAGUGGAGGUCUGGGCCAGGUUCCUCAAGGACAGCUCUGCCUAUGAAGAGAAGGAGAUACACAGGCUUGUGUAUUUUGGUGGUGUGGCCCCUUCACUACGCAAAGAGGUCUGGCCCUUCCUGUUGGGACACUACCAUUUCACCAUGACUGAGAAAAGCAGGCUGGAGAUUGAUGAGCAGAUGCGGAUCAUGUAUGAGCAGACUAUGAAAGAGUGGCAGGGUUGUGAGGCCAUUGUCCGUCAGAGGGAGAGAGAGAAACAUGCUGAGGCCCUCGCCAGAUGUUCAUCUGGAGCCAGUGUGGAAAAAGGACCAGUGCAGCGGGACUCCACCAUCAGCACAGAUUCGUCUCUAAGUAGCAGCUCAGAUCAACAGAAUUCCCACUCACAGAGUGAUUCCAGCAGUAGCGUACAGGUAUUUGGAUCAGUUGAGGCAGUGGAUCAGAUUGAGUCUGAGCCCAGGCCUGAGAAAGGAGAAGUACAGCACAGUAGUCCAGUGAAGGACAUCACAAAUGGAACUGCAGACUCUUCACAACUUCCCUCCUUCAACCCCUCCUCUCCAGGUCUGUCAAAUCAGCGUCCAGGUUUGGAAAACAAGCUUCUUGUACCAGAGUCAGCUGUUGGAUCUACAACUUCUAAACCAUCAGCUGAAGUCUUAAAUGAGGAAAUCACAACUGGAGGAGAGACAAAUGAUAUGGACCCAGCAGCCAAGGACAAGAUUUCAGAGAUUGAAAAGAUGGAGAAACUUUCAGAAAGUGACGUAGUUGUGGACACCGGAAUCAGCAAGUCAAAAGAGACAUCUGAAGCUGAAGAAAAACCUGAAGUACAAGGAAAAGAUAUAACAACAAAUGAACAAUCUAAUGAUUUAAAAGCAGUAGACACAAAUAUGAAUAUAAGAUCUGCUCCAGAGAAUACUAAUGUUCUAAAGCUAGAAACAGAGAUUCAUAAUGAAUAUUUCCAAGCACCUCCACUUGGGGUUACCUUGACUUCUCAAGCACGCAAGAGCAAAGCUCUAGAAGUGGUGCCAUUAUGUCCGCCUACAGCAGGAAAAGAUACUGAUUACCAAAUUGAAAAAAAGCCAGGGAUUUCUGACAAACCUGAAACACCUUCUGAAAAAAACCCAUCACAGAUGCUCAAAACCUGUGCCUCUGAGCCAGAAAGAAAGGAAGCUGAAGCAACAGUUUGUGACUUAGCUGAAACCAAAAGGGACAAAGUUGCAGAAAUUCCAUUUGAGAAACCUGGUUCAAAUUCACCAGUCAGACAAGUACUGAAUGCUCUUCAGUCAGCGUCAAGGGGGAGCCUUACACUAUCGUCCCACUCUCGGCAGUCUCCAGACACAGCAGAUUCAGAUGACUCUCCUUCUGCACUGGAAAUGGAGGACAUUCCUUCAGGGAUAACAUAUGUGACUUCCGAGGAUAUUAAGGCCAGGCCUUUGGCAGGCCUUGCUGCACCACCUAUCUCUCUGGCACAAAGAGAGAAAAUGGCACCUGAGGGCCUUGUCCUGGAUCACCAUCUGGACACAGCUUGUAACACCAGUCCUGAGGGCACAGACCUGGGCCUUUCUGAAGAGGAACCUGAGAUGGACAAUGUGCUCACUGAACCAGAAUCUGCAGAGGUGGGAGGAGACACCAAACACGAUGAAUCCUCAGAAGAACAAACCUAUUCUCAAGAAACACUGGACAUGUACUUAAUCAACUUACAUCGCAUUGACAAAGAUGUCAGACGUUGUGACAGAACAUACUGGUACUUUACUCCUGAGAACCUUGAGAAACUGCGUAACAUCAUGUGCAGUUAUGUAUGGCAGCAUCUGGAUACAGGUUACGUCCAAGGCAUGUGUGAUCUACUGGCUCCCCUACUAGUUAUUCUGGAUGAUGAGGUCAUGGCAUUUAGCUGCUUCACUGAACUGAUGAAGAGGAUGAACCAGAAUUUUCCUCAUGGAGGUGCCAUGGACUCUCACUUUGCCAAUAUGCGUUCUCUCAUCCAGAUCCUGGACUCUGAGCUUUUUGAACUGAUGCAGCAGAAUGGAGACUAUACCCACUUCUACUUCUCCUAUCGUUGGUUUCUACUGGACUUCAAAAGAGAAAUGGUAUAUGAUGAUGUGUUCUCCGUGUGGGAAACAAUCUGGGCAGCCAAGCACACCUCCUCGGAGCACUUUGUGCUUUUCAUUGCUCUGGCACUUGUGGAGAUGUAUAGAGACAUCAUCUUAGAAAAUAACAUGGACUUCACAGACAUCAUCAAGUUCUUCAAUGAAAUGGCAGAGAGACAUAAUGUCCCCCAGGUCCUGAUGAUGGCUCGAGACUUGGUCAACAAAGUGCAGACUCUCAUAGAAAACAAAUGAUACACGAUGCUGCUGUUCAGCUCACGCGAUUCUUUGCGCUAAAUUGUUUCAUGAUACUGACACAACCACAUAAUAGUCACGUAUUAAAGAGGAAAGGAAUCAAUGUAAAAUAAAUGCGGUGAUUGGUAGGUUCUGAAAAGAAAAUUUGUUAUUCAAAUUGCUCAUUAUUCUAAGAUAGUAAAACAACUUAUCUUCACUUGCCCAUUUAUAUAUUCAGGAGAUGCAAGUAUUGCCAUUACAUUUAUUUUUCAAGUGUUAUUGUUCACCUAGUGAAUGUACCCUUGUUGAAACUGCUUCAGGAUGUCAUUUCUUUUGCCUUAAACUUAGCUAUUUUUUCAGGGAUACAGCAACCAUAUUUUUCACUGUAUAGUUAUUCUUAAAGGUUAAUUUUGUUAAGUUAUACCUACCAUACUUACACAUCUUAUGAUACACUUGAAUAUAUUUUCAGUAAUAAUAUCUGGCGUUAUUAGAUGAUUUGGUUUUGUAAACAUUAGAGGUACUACCAACCACAGCUUGGUUGGUAAGUGCUAGGUUGUGUCCAAGUAGCAUGUGUGGUCACUUGUUUGCCUCUCAACAGCCAUUCUGAGGACCACUCAGUGGCGUUUCUGAGGCUUGAGGACCCUUUUUCUUGCAUUUUCCUCCCAUGCACACAAGCUAGCAAGAUAUCCAGACUGAACCUGUAAACUCUGUGCAGUCUAGCAUGAUUGCACACAGUUUGCAUAUACAGUAUCACCAUUUCCCCUGUUCCCCAAGUUCUCAUACUGUGUGCUUCUUUUAUCUCCAUCCCCCUCUGUGCAUUGGUUAAGGUGUGAUUCAGCGUGCUUAAUUUCAUUCUUUGCCACCUAUCCUAGCUUUCAUUUCUGUGUAGACCAGUGCUUCUCUGGAAUUAACUCAUUAAAAUGGUAAAUGCAGAUGUUCAGUACAUUUUUCGUUCCCUUGGCCAACAAAAUGCUGCUCAGGUUGAAGAAUUCAGCUGUUGGUUCUCAAAACAUCAAGACAGAACAGUGCUAACAGGUUAUGCUUCCUUGCAGCGUGUUGAGAGCUGCUUUUCAUGGUUAAUUUUGAGCUGGUGGUAUUAUCAAAGGGGUGAGCGAUUUAGGCAGCCUGCUUCCUUUGCACUCUGCACUUCUGCACCCUCUUUCACUUUCCCCUGAAGAGGUUCAUAGUUUUCUGUCUCUGUCUUGCCCUGCAGCUCGAGGUUGCCUUGUCUUUAACGCACUCUGGUCAGUUCCUUCUAUAUGCCACAAUUGGCAACAACAUUCACAAUAAUUGUUGAUAUUUUUAAUUUUCUCUUCACUAUUACCUCAAUAUCUCCAUGUUUAUACCUGUUAAAAAGGAACUCUGCUGGCUAACCACUUAACCUUUCGUUUGAGGCUGAUACCAGUAUCACAUUCACGGGUCCACAUUGGCCAUUUCUCAUACACCUUCCUCAGUUACAUAUUAUGUCCUAACUGGGUUUAUACCUAGAAAGCACCCUCCACCCUGAUGGGAUUACCUCUCAGUCAAGUUGUUCUCAGUCUGCUCAACUGGAUCUGGUGCCCUCCAUUUCCUUGGAGGGCACACUUUUUGGCCUGACAAUAAUGAUCACCAGAUUUACUACAGCCCACCUCUUAGCUUGAGGGAACACAUUUACUCCACACUCAAUCGUUUCUAUUCUUUUUGUUUCUUUUUGUUUGUUCUAUUUCCGUAUACCGUGCUGCUCAGACUGUCAUAACUCUCUGCUUGGAAAAUGUGAUCUUGCUGAAGCCCUCAUCAGGUUUUUGCAGCUUUGUAAGCACCAGAAGUAUUACAUUUAAAGGGGCGGUUCAGUGAUAGCUAUUCAGUGGUAUGUAGCCAUGGAUAUAAUCUUUGUUUUAUUUGUGUAAGUUUUGAGAUACACACUGUUGAAUCUUCUGCCUCAGACCUAAUGCAGUGGAUGUGAAUGGAAUUUCAAAUGUUGAAAAUUCCUUACAACAUUUAAUUGCAAUGAGUCUUUAUAUUGAGACUUGAGAUCUUUUUUGGAGCGAUCUCAAUGAAAUCCCAGUAACAUGAAUCUAAUCUGUUAGGCAGAAAUUUCAGAAAUGGAUAUUUUCAAAAUCUCAGCUGAUAAAAACAACAACUGUAUCUACAUGGAUAGACACCAACAGAGAUAAGUCAGAAAAAAUGUUUUAUUGGUGCCACUCACAGUUGCAAAAUAGCCAAAGCACACCCAUGUUUGGUUUGGCUGAAAUUCCAGUGCUUUGAUAUCACUGCUAAUGUGUCUCCAUAUGAUCUUCAAAAACAUACCUGAGUAUUGUUGUUUGUGUAUUGGUGUGUUUGUUGUCAGAAGAUUUACUGUGUACAAUGUAUUAAAAAGAAACUAACUUAUUGUACAAAAAACUAAGCUAGUACAUAUUUAUUAAAUGCAAUACAACGUCUGUACAGUAUAUGGACUGUAUCUGAUUAUUAUGAACAGAAAGAUAAAAGUAUGCCAUUGGAAAUAAAUAUAUUUUUAUUUUUUUCUGUCUUCUCAAAUUGUCACCUGGUUAAUUUAUUGUGU